UGAAGUGCAAUUCGCUGAUUUCCUUGAAAUUCGUCUACGCAAUCACGCGAAAAUAAAUAAAUUGAUCCUUGGCGUCGUCGUGCUUCGAGUGCAGCAGCAGCGUCGAGUGAAGAAGCAUCUCUCCGGAAAAAGGGCAAGAGAAGCGAGGAGACUGUGCGAAAAGUCGCCUAUGCACAGGCCAGGAAGUAAAAAUGGCAUUCAUGAUGAAGAAGAAGAAAUUUUACAAAUUUUCCGUGGACUUCCAUUUGGAGGAGUUGGUUGAAGUGCCAUUUCUGAAUGCCGUGCUGUUCGCCAAAGUUCGUUUGCUGGAGGGCGGCACAUUUCAGGAGAUCAGUAAGCGGGAAGAGGUGAAAAAUCACCAAGUCAAGUGGGAACAAAAGUUUGAAUUUAUCUGCAAAAUGACGGCGAAUGCGUCGUCGGGCGAGCUGGAGCCGUGCCUGCUGCGGAUAUCGGUGCGCAAGGAGAUCAACGGGGGUCGCAGUUACCAAAAAUUAGGAUUUAUAGAUUUAAAUUUGGCGGAAUUCGCGGGUGCUGGUGUCACGUCGCGUCGCUGUCUGCUCGAGGGCUACAACACGAGACAUCGACAGGACAACUCGAUGUUGCGGAUAAAAGUGAAAAUGACGAUGCUCAGUGGUGAUAUUUUGUUCAAGGCGCCGCCCUCGAGCAUGAAAACGACGCAAGAUACGACAUCGGGCGACACAGUAGGCAUUCUCGUGACCACCAACGAGCCCCAAAUAAGUGCUAGCAGACCAAAUUCGACGGGCCAGGCGAUUAUCACGAAUGUCGCGAGUAGCGGCGGGGGCAGCGUGGGCGGCAACGAAGAUGCCAGCAGUGCUUCCGAUUCGUCGGGCUUCGGAUCGCUGCGUACGACAAAAAACAAACCAUCCUCCAUUUCGGGCAUCCGAACCUCUUCCGACCAAUGUCUCCCGAUUAUCGAUACGACAACGACGACGACGACGACAAACUCCACAAACAUCUUCUCCUCCUGCUCCACAGAUCCGCAGGGCAUUACCGACUCCGGUAUCUCCGAGUCUUCGGAUCAACUUUCCUCGUCGCAGGAACACGCUAGUCUACCAAAUCCAACGAUAACGAGCAUCAAUGCGGGCCAUGCUGCGGCAGCGGCGGUAAAUGCGACGCAUUCGCGCAAUUCGAGUAACACGAGUCAAAUGUCGUCGGGCGGCAAGGGCAGCGGCAGUCAGCAUUCGCGACAAAGCUCCGAAGGCACCGGAUCGCUCACGACAAACGACACGGGCAGCUUGGAUCGCAUGAAAAUGGCGGCGGAACGCCGUAAAAACAAAAGCGCCUUAGACACAAACUCCGUGCCAAGCGUCUCGGAUAUCGUGGAGGGCACGCGAGUUAAUCCAGUUAGUGCAAUUGAUGAGAUUUUCCAAACGGAGCAGCUGAAUUCGCGCUUGGACCAGCUCGAGGAAUCGUCGCACGAGACAACGGGCCUCCAACUUUACAUUGGAGCGGAUGGUCGAACGGUUUUCCUCUCGCCGCAACUGCUCAAAUGAAAUUCUUCUUUUCCUUCUUCUUCAUUAUUCUGCUUUUACAUUUAAUUAUUAUUAUUAUUACCAUUCUUUAUUAUUAUUUUUACGUCAGGCAAGUACAAUUUUUAAAAAUGUUUCACAUUCCAUUUUUUUUCACGAAAAUUCAAUUAAUUUAAAAUUUUCUAUUAAAUUUAGACGUAAAG